AUGAAGAAAGACAUCCAUCAUGCAUUUAUCAUCUGGGAGUCCCUGCGGUCACAGAAUGUUCCAGAGUAUUAUAUCAACAUAAGGUUACUACUUAAGGUAAGAAGUCCGGCAGGGUUGAGCAAGGAAUUUGAGGUGGCAGUGGGUGUCCAUCGAGGUUCGGCGUUGAGUCCGCUAAUUUUCAUCACACACGUCAUCAUAAAUUAUUUGACUACAAACUUGCAAAGAGAACCCCCCUGGGAUUUGUUGUACGCAGACGAUAUUGUACUGAUUAGAGAUAGUGCCGAAGAUCUCGAAGAAGCACUGGUGAAUUGGAGACACGCCUUAGAGACCGCAGGUUUUAAGAUCAAUCGUCAAAAGACGGAAUAUAAUAUGCAGUACUGCUAUGGCUCAAAUAACCAAGAUCGCACUAUUCACAUUCAAAAUCACCCGCUUAACACUGGCUGGAUGAAGUAG